AUGAAAAGUAUAACGCCGCCUUCGAAUAACAAAGGCUUAUAUAUUGGUGUGCUUUUUCGUAAUCAGUACGAUAACGACAUUUGCACCUGGAGCCCUCAAGGUCGCAUUCAUCAGAUAGAAUAUGCUCUAGAAGCAGUAAAACAAGGUUCGGCCGCAGUCGGACUACGGUCAAAGACGCAUGCGAUACUUCUUGUUCUAAAGAGGUCUUCUGGCGAUUUGUCCUCGUAUCAGAAAAAGAUUAUCAAGAUCGAUGAUCACAUAGGGAUUGCUAUUGCUGGAUUGACUUCGGAUGCGCGUGUGCUGAGUAACUUCAUGCGUACUCAGGCAAUGCGAUCUAAGAUGUUAUUCAACCGGCCACUUCCCGUUUAUAGAAUUGUGUCGGCUAUUGGAGACAAGGCACAAACGAAUACUCAGCAUUAUGGUGGAAGACCAUAUGGUGUCGGGUUGUUAAUUGUUGGAUACGAUGAGAAAGGACCACAUCUUUAUGAAUUUGCUCCGUCCGGAAACUUUUUUGAAUACUAUGCCAUGUCGAUUGGAGCACGGUCCCAAUCCGCAAAAACUUAUCUCGAGAAGCAUUAUGAAUCAUUUGCUGAUGCCACUUUAGAUGAACUUGUACGCCACGGCCUACACGCUCUACGUGAUACCCUUCAGCAAGACAAAGAAAUCGAUACGCAAAACUGCUCGGUUGGCGUAGUUGGAGAAGAUCAGAAGUUCGAGACUAUUGAAGGAGACAGAUUACAACGAUAUCUUGAUUUGUUGGAUGGUGGAGAUACAGGACAGGGCGGCGAGACCGUUGAAUCGAUGGACACCGAAUAA